CUUCUCUGUUUGUUUUUUCCUCGACUGGGACAGCAAGCAAGCUCAACAGCCCCUCCUCCACCCCAAGAAACAAAACCAACAACUCCACUCCACUUGACCAACAAAACAUGGCUGAUGCGACUGUGCGCGAGUGGUUUCUCGGCGUGCCCAUCAUUACUCGGGUCUGGUUUGCAGCAGCGAUGGGUCUGACGUUGGUCGCAAACUUCCACCGUCCGCUCAUGUUCUACAUGUAUCUGGACUACUCCCAAGUGUUUUACCACUUUAACUUCUGGAGGCCCGUGACGAGCGCCUUCUUCUUGGGCAAGCUCUCGUUCAGUUUCCUGAUGAGCUUGUACUUUUUGUACAAGUACUCGCGGACUCUGGAAGAGCAGCACUUCCUUGGCCGCAAGGCCGAGUAUGCGACGCUUGUUGGAUUCAUCUGGCUCGUGCUGUUGGCCCUCGCUCCAAUCCUCAACAUGCCUUUCAUCGGCCUUGCCGCGAUCUACUCGCUCAUCUAUGUGUGGUCGCAGUUCUACGCCAAUGUCAUUGUCUCGUUCAUUUUUGGCAUUCAAUUCAAGGCCAUGUACUUGCCGUGGGUGCUCGCCGCGUUCAGCCUGCUGACUGGCAACUUCCCCUUCGACGAGCUUGUGGGCAUCUUUGUUGGCCACGCAUACUUUUACCUUGCCACCAUCUAUCCCCAGCGCUCUGGUCGGCAGCUGCUCUUCACGCCCGGCUUCUUGCUCAAGCUCUUCCCCGCCGAGCGCCCCACCGUCCAGGGCUUUGCUCCCGUCGGCCGCCGACCCCAAGAUGUGGACAACAACAUCCGACAAGACGGCCAUGCCUGGGGCACUGGCAACACGCUCGGCAACCAGUAAUUAUUGUAUGAGGGCGCUCUUUUUGGAAGACGCAGCGGUUUCUUGUUGCUUUGCUCUCCUUUGUAGUCAUUAAAGUACCUACUCGCUUUGCAUUGGCAGUUGAGCGUGAGUGCCGAGGCGUCAUGUUUUUGGAAGAAGAUGAAAUUUCAA